ACCUGUGUAGGGAGCUGAAGGAGCAUGAUUACCUGUGUAGGGAGCUGAAGGAGCAUGAUUACCUGUGUAGGGAGCUGAAGGAGCAUGAUUACCUGUGUAGGGAGCUGAAGGAGCAUGAUUACCUGUGUAGGGAGCUGAAGGAGCAUGAAGAAGAGGUGAUAGACAUCCCUCCAGGUCCAGGACAACAGGACUCUGUCAACCAGAAGGCAGAUCAGAUAUAUCUAGUUCUUGUUCUUACUAUGUGUGGGGUGGUCACUCCAACCUCUAGCUGUCCCCCGUAAGAUUCUCUUCAGAAACAGAAACAUUUGAGCUAGUUGAGCUAGCUAGUUUAUUCACUCACUGGAAAUAAAAAUAAAUAAAGACUACCCAGUUGAGAGUGGAUAUGGCACUGACUUUGAUAUAUGAUCAUGUAUUUUGAUGUUAUCGAUUGUAUUCAAUUUGUUUUAUUUAUUUUACAGUGAUGAAAAGGUUAGAAGAUAUGAACUGGCCAACCACAAAGUAUCAGUGAACAUAUUCUAUAAUGGAAAGCAUGUGUCUACCUCCGAGCCGUCCACGUUCGACAGUGACUUCAGAAUUGAUAUUCAACAGAUGUUCAACAUGCAGAUAGUACACAGCCCAGAGAACAUCAUGCUUGAGAUUUGUGAGACGGUGAAACACGACAGCACUGUUGUGGCCAAAGUGUACAUGCCCAUACCAGACAGGAACAUGCGCUCUAUCAACGCUACAAUGGAGAGAUGUCCCCUUCAAGCUGGAUGAGAAGAAGGAUGCUGAAGUGUGCCUCAUGACCUCUGGGAGACUGCUGUAUGUCCUCUCCUGGGCUGUGGAUAAGAGUGGCUUUCCUAUGGCACCCACUGCCCCACCACACAGACCCAGCUUCACCAAACCCAUGGCCAGCGGUCCCAUGCGUGUAGGCUUGAAUGGAUCAGGGACCUUCAGUUUGACCCCAACCACCCUGUUAACACAGAACUCACAGAACUCAUUAGGGCCUGUGAGCAGAGAGACAGAGCCACGGGUCACUUCCGCCUGCAUGCCCUGGAGGAGGAGUUUGACUUCACCACCAAGGAGCAGCUGGAGAAGUCCAGCCGCUUUGGUCUCCUGCAGCUGUGGAGCUCUCAUGCUGUGGACGAUUACAGUGCAUCCCCAAGUCUGUCCCUUCUGGAUGAAGACCCUAUCACAACGCAGAGAGCACGUUCUAUCCACUACAUCCAAAAGGGAGUUUGACUGGGACAUGUUCAGACUGAAGCGACCUCUCCAGCCUCAGCGUGUGAAGAGGAAGAUCAUUCCUACCUGCUCCGUCUCAGAAGGGAACCUGUGGAUCCAUGUUGCUGUCAACAAUGCCCAGGGCCUGCCUGUUCGCCGGAAGGCCUUCCUCAAGGAGAUCUACACAAGAGGCUCCUGUUAUGGUCUGACUAGCAGCAGCAGACACAACAUGACAAGCAGCUCGGUGAAGGCUGUUCUACAGGCUCAGGUUCAGCCCUUCGUUGAGGUUAGGUUUCAGGACACAACAUAUGAGAGCUGCGUAGAGCAGGGACCCAACCCAUGCUGGAGGGAAGAGUUCACCCUGGAGAUGAAGUAUGACACCCGCAACUGUCCUAAUUCAAGUGAAUACUGUACAUCCUUACACAUAUAACAGUACUGUGUACAUGCUAAUAAAAUGCAGUUUUAGAAAUGUAAAAUGUAAUGUUCUUUCAGAUCCUUAGGGGGUGAUUAUAGCCAGGCAGUCCUUUCCAAAUACAAGACAACAUCAUCAUCAACAUAUUUGAUUAGAUUUCCUUUUAAGUCAUUGAGGUACUGUAAGACUCUACCAUAAAAGUACCAUCACUGUUCAAAAGCCACUUCAAAACAAAGAGUGAACCGGAAAUCAACCUUCUGUCCAUCCAUCUAUAUCCCUUCUUCACUCUCUUUUUCUUUCAUCUUGCCUGUGUGAACCCCAGGAGACUUUGUGGAA